GGCCGGCCAUUGGCCUGUCUCAGACCCAGAGGAAGUUCCCAGCAGCUCCCAGAGAAAUCACUUCCGUGAGUGUUUCCCACUUCCUUCCCUAAAUGCCAAACCACCACCGGUCCUCAGAGAAGGAGGGUAGACCGCAGACACUGUGAACCCAUUGCAAAAACCCAGCCCUCAGCCACAAUGCAGCAAAAAUGCCCAGGAGUGAAGCUGCUCUGCUCUCCAGAGGGAAAGCCUUGUAAUUCCAAAAGUGAAUCCAUUUAACAUCUUCGACUGCCUCUGUCACAGUACCAGCUCAGCAUUUCACAGACCUUGGAUGUGUUUAUCCUCAAAACAUGCUCUAAGAGAACGGGCCCGGGAUUACCUGCACAAGACUGGACGCUUCAUUGUCAUUGGUGGCAUCGUCUCACCUGUGCACGACUCCUAUGGGAAAACGGGGCUAGUUUCUAGCCGGCACCGCUUGACCAUGUGCCAGCUGGCUGUGCAGUCCUCCGACUGGAUCAGGGUUGAUCCCUGGGAGUGCUACCAGGACACCUGGCAGACCACCUGCAGUGUGCUGGAGCACCACCGUGACCUGAUGAAGAGAGUGACUGGCUGCAUCCUCUCCAAUGUCAACACACCCUCCAUCACCCCUGUGAUUGGCCAGCCCCAGAAUGAGUCCUCACAAAGCAUCUACCAGAACAACAACAACAUCUCCAGCAAGCCCACCGCAGCAAAAAUCUUGGGGAAAGUGGGAGAAAGCCUGAGCCGGAUUUGCUGUGUUCGCCCACCCAUGGAGAGCUUCACCUUUGUGGAUGAAAAUGCCAACUUGGGGACAGUGAUGAGAUAUGAAGAAAUUGAGCUUCGUAUCUUGCUGCUUUGUGGCAGUGACCUGCUGGAGUCCUUCUGCAUCCCUGGCCUCUGGAAUGAGGCAGAUAUGGAGGUGAUUGUUGGGGAGUUUGGGAUCGUGGUGGUGCCCCGGGAUGGAGCAGACCCUGAACAAAUCAUGAACCACUCCUCCAUACUGCGCAAGUACAAAAACAACAUCCUGGUGGUGAAGGACGACUCAAACCACCCCAUGUCAGUUGUCAGCUCCACCAAAAGCAGACUGGCCCUGCAGCAUGGGGACGGACAUGUCGUGGAUUACCUCUGCCAGCCUGUCAUUGACUACAUCCUCAAGAGCCAGCUCUACAUCAAUGCAUCUGGCUAAGUGCCCGAGAUCUUGCAGCGAGACAGCUCUCAUGUCCUGCCUGCCUACAGCUCUCCAUCACUCUUUUCUCUCUCUCAGUCCUUGUCUCCAUUUCUCUCCCCACCCCAUGGCCUCCUGCCCAUGUCUGCCUCUCACCCCCAGCACCAAUGCUCUGUUGUGCAGCCAUGUCUAGGGAAUGGUUUGGUCUCUUUUUCUGGGGUACUGCCCUGCCCUGUGUGCAUGGGGAGGGAGGAAGGGCUGGUCAGGGAGCAACAUGCUCCAUGUGCUCCAGCAUGUCCCUGGGAAAUGGUCCCCUUAGUCCAUCUUCCCAGCAUGCUCAGAGCAGGGGCUGCCUGUUCUGCAUCAUCUAACACAACUUAAGCUAAAUAAAUCUGGGUGGAUUUUUUUUAUUAAGUAUCUUUAGUGUGAGCCCUUUGGGCCUCUCAAUACAGUGACCAACCAAACCCUGGUUGGCAGCAGGCAGUUACAACACAACCAGCUUGGUGCCCAACAGCAGGGGAACCUCCUCAGGCCAGCCAUGAGAAAACCCAGCUAACAAAAUCCUCCUAUCCCUGAAAAGUCAUGGAGAGGGCAUUUCUGAAGGGGAGAAGAGACCUUGGUAAGCACUGCGGCCAAAGCAUUAUGGGGAGAAUGUCAUGUCUCAUCUUCCAGCUGCAAGAACUCAAGCCACUCCCUAGGCAAGUGAAGUUGGUGUGGUGUUCUACUCUUACCCAGUGUCAGAGGCAUCCCACACCACCUAGAAAGGGAUCUGCCGUUUAUGGGGUCAAGAAAUUGGACAGAAGAUACAGGUGAUGAGCCAAAGCCUCUGGUGAGAGUUUGCCCCAAACCCAGAUGUGUCCAUGUCCAUCCUCUACCUUCCGGAUCUCCAUUUCUGCUCCAUCCAUCUUCUCCCACCACUCCCACUCUCUUCCUCUCCUUGAAGAGUUCAUUAAAUGCAUGAUAACCUUCCCCUCCCAAACCAGCCAUGGCUACUUUGCACAUUUCUUGGGACAAGCCAGACUCCUGCUCCUGCCUGUGAUGCCCCCUGAUGCCAGGGAUGAACCCUAGUGGAGAUGCUUACAGUAAAAGCAGGACAGGUAACGUGGUGUGGAGCAGUUAUUGAAGCCUUGUCGAGAGGAGGGUUGCUGGAACAGGGCCUUGUCCUGAUGAUCACCCCUAGGGCACAAGAACCCUGAACAGCUGAUGGGGAAAGUCACAGCCAUGAGGAAGGUUUAGCCCUCACCUUCUCUUCUUUCCUCCCUGUAAACUUGUAUCACUUUGGGUAGAGUCCUUCUGCUUGUGGCUGAGAGUCCUCCAUGGCCUUUCAAGGGAAUAUGUGACAUUUAUUUUGUCCCUUAAAAGCCUACAAAGGGUCACAAGUAGCUCUCAGGCAAGCUCCAAAGGUGGUACUUUGUGCUAAAUUUGGUGACCUGCUGGGUGCUGCUGGCAUCCCUGGAACAGCAAGCUGCUUUGGAUAAACAAGGAAA